AUGGCUCUAUGGAGCACCGGGCUCCUGAGAGCUGCCGUCCUGCUGCUGCUGCUCACAGCUCAUGUCGUCCCCUCAGCGUCCGGCUGCAGCGUACAAUUCUACGUAACAAUGAUCAGAGAUUUCUGCCUAGACGAGUUCCACUUGAACAUAGGAAGACUGGACCCGGACAUGUGGUGUAGCUGGCCUGACACAAUGCAGAUCUACGAAAGUCUAACUAACUGCACCUACCAGGUAGCCCUGAGGAUGGACUGCUUCUGGCCCAAUGAGGUCGUCGAUGGCUUCUUCAUGAAGAUUCACCAGAGAUACUUCCACAACUGCGCUUUGAAUGGCAGGCUUCUACAUGACCCGCCAGUUAGCAUCCUGGUGCCCUUCAUUGCCGUGCCCGUCCUGGUCACACUGCUCAUGACUGCUAUAGUUGUGUGGAGGAGUAAACGGACUGAAGGGGUUCUUUAGGAUCACAUGGAGUCCUGGCAUUGGGUUCAGGACUGGAUUGCUUCACUGCGACAAAGAUUGUUGAGUAAAAUAAAUUAAAGGUUUUAUUUGUUGGGAAACUGCAACG